GAUAAAUAUUAUAACUUCAUGCAUACGUCAUCUAGUAAUGUUUAUUGCGUCGCACGCAAGAUUACACGAAUCGCGGGAUUACUUCGAGAUAUGAUACAUGAAGUUGGGUUUGGACCAUUUGAACGCUGAAUUCAGCCUAGGAAUGUGUUGAGAUUUAACAGUAGCUAUGGACGUAUACACUAUGCCCAAAGUCAAAGAAGAGAAAAACGACGAAGAAGAAGAGGAUCCUGUAGUAAAAGAGUUCGAUGUCUACCUAUCCAAAAGCCUUUUGGAAAAUCUAUACCUCCUUCAGUAUGUAAGUCAACCGUCAUCAAUCGCAGACAAAACAAUUACGAGGGCUAAAAUAAAACCUGGACAAAAAAAGGUUAGAUUGGAAAUACCUGUUAACAGAUCAAAUAACUAUGUCGAGAAAACUUUUGCUUGCGACAUGAUGAAGAAUCAAGUUUUGGAAUCAAGUCAUGGUUACAGCUCUACAUGUCAGUAUGCUGUGGGAGUGCUCAAAGAUGGGAAAGUUCAUCUCAAUUCGGUGAAAAAUAUUGCUCAAAUGAGACCAACCUUUGAACAUAUGGAUGAGUUUGAUCCAAAUAAUGAAUCAAGAAAGACUGACAAAGGUGAAUCCUCAGAUGAAACAGAAGAAAAGCCGCAAGCUUUAAUGGUUCGUUUUGCAAAAAAAGGUCAAGAGAAGAAAAAAAAAGUAGAUCUGCUAAGUGAUGAACCUUGGCAAGAUAUACAAUAUUUUGAAAUAAACGACGACAUGAGCCUUGAGGAGCGAAAGUUACUAUUUUGUCAAACUAUGGAUUCUGGUUAAACCCAUAACAUUUGUAAAUCUAUAUUUACUGUAGUAACUAUACACACGCUUCUUCCACUAUCAAAUCCUUAACAUAAUAUUAGUGAUGAAAACAUUCCCUGUGUCAACUAUGAGUGUUUCAUUGCAAACAUGUAAAAAUGGUACGGAAUGAAACUCACCCCCUCCUCCCUCCGGAGCUACAUGGACGAUAAUCAUUAACAAUCUACCUCAAACUUGUGUGUUCAUGUGUAAUUUCCAUUGAGUUCGAUAAGACCACGGAAGCUUGCAGAUUGUUUAAUAAAUAUAAUUUUAAAAAAGUGUUUAUGUUAGGAAAAUAGUUUUGAUAUUUUCGAUACUCCCAAUCGUGGUGGCAAAUUAGGGUAGGCGACAAAAUUUUUAUUUCAUGAGCCCGCGUCUUUCCGCUGACUUUGAUCACCAAAAUCGGCCAUGUUCUUGACCACGAGGCCGCGCGCUUAUAAUUUAUAGCAAUUUCGUAUUUUUGUUGACGUGUUCCCUCCAGUAUUGUAGAACUCAAUGGUAAUUUCGCACAAGCAUCGUUUACAUCCGCGAAGGUUAAUCUUUUAAGGUACAAUCACUGGGUACUUACGGUCUGUAGUGUAUACUUUGGUCUGUAAUAAAACGGGCUGUUAAUUGAUA